CGAAAUUUUAUAGGAAAAGAGACAAAAGCCAUUACUUGAUCAGAUUAUAUUCAGUCUUUUUUCUUCCCUUUUUUUUGUCUUCACUCUUUUCUUUUUCUUUCAUUCCUUCACUCGUUUCUAUAAUCUACGUACGCAAUCCUUGAAAUACUUACGUACGUUAUGGACGAUUUGAAGGUUAACCUACCGUUCCACGAGCAUCCAUUAACGCCUGUGAAAAUGGAGUCGAAGUGUGAUUGGUGUGGAAUCAAAUUCAUACACAUAUCUGAUGGCUACCAAUGUGAUUCCUGUUUCACUCCUUUAUUCCACAAGACAUGCGCCAACGAUAAGAAUAUCGCCCACCCUUCUCAAGCGUGUGGCAUCAUUCUUUAUCAUACAGUGAAUUUUGAUAGCGGCAAGUGGAGAUGUGCAAAAUGUGGAGAAAAGAUCUACGAUUCCUUAUUUUUUGUAUGUAACGACUGUGUUUUAAAACCUAGAAGAAAAGGAAGCAGAUUUGGUGGUUCUUCAUAUUUCCAUUUCAACUGUGCUAAAUACCCACCUUCGGAGGUUAUUGAUGUUCCUCAGCACCAUGACCAUAAACUCAAGCUAGAGAUGGUGAUAAGCAGCUUCACUUGUGCUGCUUGUGGAAAAGAUGGUGACGGAUAUUCGUACAAAUGUCAGGAAUGUAAUUUGACGUUUCAUGUGAAUUGCGAAAAGUAUCCGGCAGAGGUAACCCAUUUUUCCCACUUCUUACACCCUCUAAAACUCUUCAAGGGGGAACCACCUGCUUACACUGAUGGAAAAUGUCGUUUGUGUGGAGAAAAACUUGCUAAUUUUGAAGUCUUUUAUCAUUGCUCCGCUUGUAACUUUAGCUUAGAUCUCCAAUGUGUUUUUCAUCCACCAAAACAAAAUCCUCACGACCUAAACAUCCAUGACCAUCCACUCACUCUUAUGCCAAAAUCCAUCUCUUUUACCUGUACCACUUGCGGGCUAAAUGGAGAUCGGAGCCCAUACGUAUGUCUUCCUUGCGAUUUUACAAGCCACAAUGAUUGCUCUGGAUAUCCAUGGGUCAUAAACAUCAACCGCCAUGAUCAUCGUGUUUCUCGCACUUCCCUUAUUGGUGUGGUGAAUUCAGUAUGUGGAAUUUGUCGCAAGAAAAUGGAUUGGAGUUGUGGGGGUUAUUCUUGUCAGAAGUGUUCGAGCUAUGUGUUUCAUACCAAAUGCGCUACUAGAGAAGAUGUUUGGGACGGCAAAGAAAUGAAAGACGAACCUGAAGAAGAGGAAGCUAUUCAACCAUUCACGAUAAUCGAUGAAAACACAAUAAAACAUGUCAGCCAUAAAGAGCAUAACCUAAGACUUGACAAGUCUGGUAUUUUUAUUGAGGAGAGGAUUUGUGAGGCAUGUGUUUAUCCUAUCUAUCACCACUCCUUCUAUAGCUGCAUGAGUUGUAGUUUCAUUCUUCACGAGAGUUGCGCCUAUCUGCCUCUAUGGAAACGACAUGUGGUAAGCAACGAACGACAUGAGUAUAAAUAUUGGGACUAUUUUAUUAGAUGUUCGGCUUGUAGAUUGCUUUCCAAUGGUUUUAGAUACGAAACAACGCAAACUUCAUUGGAUUUGCGAUGUGCUUCAACUACUGAGCCAUUUUUCCAUAAAACUCAUCCUCAUCCCUUAUUUUACACAUCGCCACAAGGAAUCUGCAGUAUUUGCAAGAAAGAUCAUCUUCAUGUGCUCAGAUGCGUUGAAGAUGGUUGUGAAUACAUCAUGGACUAUAAGUGCGCUCUAUUACCAUAUGAGGUAAAGCAUAGUGUCGACCAACAUUUUCUCUCUUUGUGCUAUGGUGAAGAAAAUGCAAGUGGUAAACAUUGGUGUGAUAUUUGUGAGAAAGAAAUGGAUCCAAAAACAUGGUUUUACACCUCUAAGGAUUGUGAGCUUACUUUGCAUACAGACUGUGUGCUCGGCGAUUUUCGAGGUCUCAAGCCAGAAAGCGAAGAAUCGAUGUACAUCGACGACUUCGAAAUGUAUGUUAAGGUGGUUCGCAACAACAGUAUGUCUCGACCACUUUGCAAACAAUGCAAGUCUCGUUGCAUAUUUCCAGUCAUCUUGGAAACAUGGAAUGAAAGCUGCCUCCGUAAUGAAUAUUAUUGCUCUGAAGCUUGUUUCUAUUCCUAAUUUUAUUAUAUAUGUUGUUUUCGAGCUUUUUAUAUUUGAUGUGUGAUUUUGAUUUAUUUGAUUGCGACCAUGUUUUUUUCUAUUCUAGGUGAGUACCCACGCUACGCGUGGGCUUAUGUUUAGCUUUGAUUUUUUAUAUUAUCUUUACUUGUUCAUUCGUUCUAAGAACUU